GGGACUUCCGGGCGGGGCGGGGGCGCCGGGGCUGCGGCAGGAGCCGGUGCCGCGCGCUCGCCGGUCCCGUCCUGUCCCGUCCCCCCGCCGGGCUCGCUUGGCCCCGGAGGAGUGCGGCGGGAUGGCGGCCGGCAGCUACGGGCGGUACCGGGCCGCGAUCUUCGCGGCCAUGUUCGUGGGGUACACGCUCUACUACUUCAACCGCAAAACCUUCUCGUUCGUCAUGCCCGCCGUCAUGGCCGAGGUGCCGCUGGGGAAGGACGAGCUGGGUCUCAUCACCAGCAGCCAGUCCGCGGCCUACGCCAUCAGCAAGUUCAUCAGCGGCGUCCUCUCCGACCAGAUGAGUGCCCGCUGGCUCUUCUCCUCCGGCCUGCUCAUGGUGGGCCUGGUCAACGUGGUCUUCUCCUGGAGCUCUACUGUCACCGCCUUCGCCGGGCUCUGGUUCCUCAACGGCUUGGCCCAGGGGCUGGGCUGGCCGCCCUGCGGGAAGAUCCUGCGGAAGUGGUUUGAGCCCUCCCAGUUUGGGACAUGGUGGGCAAUCCUGUCCACCAGCAUGAACCUGGCUGGAGGCCUGGGCCCCAUUGUCGCUGCUCUUGUGUCUCUGCACUACGACUGGCGCAUGACACUGUGCUUCUCUGGCUUCAUCUGCGUGGCCGUCUCUUUUGUUUGCCUUGUCCUGAUUAAAAACGAGCCGUCGGAUGUUGGGCUGCCCAACAUCGAGCAAGGACCCAAGAAAGGAAAGAAAGGUUCCUCCAGUGACAACAGCACUUUGAAAGAGCUGCUGCUCUCGCCGUACCUCUGGGUGCUCUCAACAGGCUACCUUGUUGUUUUUGGGGUGAAAACGUGCUGUACCGACUGGGGCCAGCUCUUCCUCAUCCAGGAAAGAGGACAAUCCAUGCUUGUGGGUAGUUCCUACAUGAGUGCGCUGGAGAUCGGGGGUCUGGUGGGAAGCAUUGCUGCUGGAUACCUUUCUGACAGAGCGGUAGCAAGAGUGGGUCUGUCAAGCUAUGGGAACCCUCGCCACGCGCUGCUGCUGUCCAUGAUGGCAGGGAUGUGCAUCUCCAUGUUCCUCUUCCGUGUGACAGUCACAGGCGAUUCUCCCAAGGAAAAUCACUUCUGGACUGUAGCCUUGCAACCUCUAGCUGAUCUCACAGGCCUAAAAGAACAUGAGCUGUGGAUCCUGACUCUGGGAGCUGUGUUUGGGUUCUCCUCCUACGGACCCAUUGCCCUGUUUGGGGUCAUUGCCAACGAAAGUGCCCCCACCAACCUGUGCGGCACCUCCCACGCCAUCGUGGCCCUCAUGGCCAACGUUGGAGGUUUCCUGGCUGGAUUGCCCUUCAGUACCAUUGCCAAGCACUACAGCUGGGCCACAGCCUUCUGGGUGGCUGAAAUCACCUGCACUGCCAGCACGGUGGCUUUCUUCUUGCUGCGGAACAUCCGCACCAAGAUGGGCCAUGUUCCCAAGAAGGCUGACUGAGGAGAACCUGCUUGGUGAAGAGGAUGUGUCCACACUGACCUGAAUGAUGCUCGUUUUUUGUUUAACUGGCCUACGAGUGAGUUUACCUAUUGUUGCAACCUAGAUUAAAAAUGUCUCAAUUUCUCCUCUACUGCCACGUGCCUGAGGGCACCAGGUUCCUGCUACUGAUCACUGUUUCCCUCAAGAUGUGAUAAUUCAGCUAGUUUACAUUUGCAAUGAUUUCACAGUACCUCCUUCUCAUAGCACUGUUGGUGAGGUGAGCAGGCUGUGCGGCCCCAGCUUCACCAACGCUGCUCCCGGUUAACUGGCUCCAGGUGCUGUCGUGCUCAGUUUUGUCCUUGUUUGUCUUGUCCAUUAGCUGCCAGCUCAAGGCUGCUGACAUCAGCUUUCACCACCUUGUUCAUCAUCAGCUUGCUUAGGAGUGUGCUCCCGGCUCUGGAGCAGCAAGUGAUGGUGAUGAUGGUGGUGGUAGUUCAGCAUGACACAGAGAGCAGCGUGGCUUUGGCUUUGGCCAGGGCUUGCUUUAGGAGGGAGGUGGUGCUCUGCACCAUCCAGGGCGCGUGUGGCAACAGGCAGGUUUCCAAGGAACCCUUGGAGCACCAGGGGCAGCGUUUGAGCGCCCUCCGCCUGCUGGACCUGUCCUGCCUGUUCAGCGUUAAUGAUUGGCCAGGGAGGCGACCAAGCGUGCCACAGCCAGGUUCCCUGGAAACGGCCGUUUCUAGCAUUGCCUUGGUUUUUUCAGCACAAGGUGUGUAAUUUAGGAUGUUUUUGGUCCAGAGCUGUGUCUCUCAUGGCUGAGGGCUAGGGCUUAGCCUGGCCACCAGCCCAGCCUGGCACACUCAUGACCAGCGCUCGUUGCAAUAAGUCAACUCAGGUUUUUCACCAGGAUUUUGUGGAAUCUUCUCAUUUUUCCCUGGAAGAGGCAGGUUCAACUUGCAAAGAACCUGCGUGCAACAGCUUGGUUGGAAGAGUAGGUAGCCAGCCUUAAUUAAAAUAAUGAAAGUUAAUUAUAUUUUGUACUUAAUUAUAUGAGCUACUAUCUGUGAAAUAAAAACAGAGCAGUGUCA